GAAGAGAGAGAGAGAGAGCUGAGGGAGGGAGGAAAGAAGAGAAAGAGAGAGUGAGUUCCUCAUAAGUCGUCAGAGGUGCAAGAGAUCUCACAACAGACGAGGCUGUACGUGCAUCUACAGCUGAGAAGACGCUCCACGGCAGAGGGUCUGAAUAUAGUGAAAACUAGCCUAACAUGAUGGAAGUGGUUCUGACCAGACUGAGGGACUUCUCCUGCAAGACCUCCACCUUCAACGGCGGCGAGGGAGCCGGACAGAGUGCAUGCAGGGAAACACGGACCAGGACGGAGCACCUCAGAGACACAGCUGGAGGAGAAGGCAGCAAAAUGGACAUCGAGAGCGCACUGGCCUGGCUGAGGAGAGAACUGAUGGAAAUGCGUUCCCAGGACCAAGCUCUGAUCCGGCAGCUGAUGGAGCUUCACUCCGGUAUCCAGGAGCUCAAGCAGGAGCUGUCUGAGGAGGAGGAGGAGGAGGAGGAGACAGACGAAGACGAAGAGGAGGGCAGCUACUGGGGUUCUGAGAGUGAACAAGGAAGUGGCAGUAGCUCCGGCAGCGUCUACUCCAGCUCAGGGGAGGUGGGCUCUUCCACCUCCUUCCUGAAGAUACCACCACCCCUUUACAACAGGAAACUAUCAAAGAGAGCGUUCAGCAGGAGAAGCUCCAUGCCCUGAGAAUUCAAACAAAUAGAACAAGAUAAACAAAUUUUCAGAGUUUCUUCUCAACUUCUUUACAUCCGCUGAGACGAGGUGGAGCCAGAUUAACUAAUCUGCUAUUUCCCACCGUAAUUUCACUGCCCUUUACUUUUAUGUUAUUUUGUCAAAGAAGAACCAAACCAGCGGAUGAGUGGCGUUAAGGACAGAAUGAGUCUUGUCUCUGUUCAAAAACAGACUUUCCCCGACUUUUAGUCUUCAUGCUAAGUUAAGCUAACCAAUGUCUGCAGCUUCCUAAUUAAACAGACAGACAGUGAGAGUCUUCUCAUCUAUAAAGAAAGCAAACAAACUGUUUCCCAAAAUGUUGUAUUCAUCGAAUGCAGCCACAGUUCUGAAGUCCCACUCCAAAAUAAUGACGAGUCCGUCUCAGCUGUCAAUCACGACUUUAAAGCAUUUCUUACAAGGAGGAAGAGGGGUUUAGGAAUAUACUGAAGUCAGCCACCAGAGGGCAAGCGAGGGGCUUUGGCUUCACUUUUGGGGAGCUGCCAUAUCAUCCAUCUUUGUUAGUCCUGUUCCUUUAAGUCGGUAUAUUAAGCUGUGUGACAGAGAAGAAAAAGUUCAGAGUUAAACACUGACAUGAAGGCGGCCAUUGCUUCCUUUGCAUAGUAUUGUUUGUCUGAGAAAGUUGGAAUUCUGAAAAACUCAUUAAUGUUCAACUGAGAUCCCUGUGUUACCACCGCAGAGUGUGUGUCUGUGUGUGUGUGUGUGCGUGUGACCUUUCGUGACUAUAACGAUGUGCAGAAUGAGUUCAGUGCCGCAGCAGGACAGUAUGAGUUCAUUGCAUCUUUAUUAUGCACAAGCAGUGAUGAAACCUUCCGGGGACAGUGAGACAUUGUUAUUGAGACCCUGCAGUGUAAAUAUGUCUCUGAGAAAGGAUUAUUAGAGUUGAGUUUGUACAGUGCAGCUGGAAAUCAUUUCAAAAUGUUAACUGUGGUUAUAUUGAUGCUGAUGUACAGAAAGAACCUUAGAAGUGUAGACGCUAGAAUUGUAUGGAAAUGAGAUGUUGAUGUGUUUAUUA